AGUUUCUAGCUUCACAGAUACUGACUUGGUGCAGCGUGUUGUUUAAGCGGUGUGUGAGUUUUUAUUCGGUAGUAAAUAAGUGUGUUUCAUGUCUCGGUUUAAGAGAGGAGCGGUAGCUGACCCUCGGGCUGGGUUUAAGCAGGACACACAGGAAUGUCCUGUACCGGCUGGACUCCUGAAAACCGCCAGAAAGAGCGGGCAACUCAAUCUGUCUGGCCGCGGGCUCAGCGAAGUGCCUCUGAACGAUGGUGGGAGCAAACUGAUCUCACCAAACUCCUGCUCUCCUCCAACAAACUCCAGACAAUCUCAGAGGACAUCAAACUCCUGCCUGCACUAGUGGUUUUAGAUAUUCAUGACAAUCAACUCACUUCACUGCCAGGGUCUAUUGGCGAGCUGGAACAGCUACAGAAACUCAUCCUGAGUCAUAAUAAGUUGGUAGAGCUGCCCAUGGAGCUUUGGAGCCUGACAAACCUGAGAUGUCUCCAUCUGCAGCAGAACCUGCUUGUACAGCUGCCUGCAGACUUGGGCCAGUUGCGCCACUUAGAGGAUCUUGAUGUUUCUAACAACAAAAUAAUGGCGUUACCAGACAGUCUGGCAGACCUCAGCAACCUCGUAAAACUGAAUCUGUCCUUCAACAAUCUGAUGAGCCUGCCGCCGGCGAUCAGCGGAAUGAAGAAUUUGAGAAUGCUGGACUGCUCUCGGAAUCAGCUGCAGAGCGUGCCGCCUGUCCUGGCACAGAUGGCGUCUCUCGAGCAGCUGUACUUGAGGCAUAACAAACUGCGCUUCCUCCCGGAGCUGCCCUCCUGCAAAACACUCAAGGAGCUUCACUGUGGGAAUAAUCAGAUUGAGGUACUGGAGGCAGAUCAUCUAAAACACUUGAGCGCUCUGAGUGUUUUAGAGUUGAGAGAUAACAAGGUGAAGAUUCUUCCUGAGGAAAUAACUCUACUGCAGGGCCUGGAGCGCCUGGAUCUCACUAACAAUGAUGUUAGCAGUGUUCCCUGUGGUCUUGGAACUUUGCCUAAGCUGAAGUCUCUGGCUCUGGAAGGCAAUCCUCUGAGGACCAUCCGCAGAGAUAUUCUGACUAAAGGCACCAGUGAACUGCUGAAAUAUCUUAGAAGUCGAAUACAAGAGCAGCCUGAUGGAGAUGCCAAAGAGGAGCCAAAGACAGCGAUGACUCUCCCGAGCCAGGCCAAGAUUAAUGUGCAUGCCAUCAAAACACUGAAGACCUUAGACUACAGUGAAAAACAAGAAGCAUCCAUACCUGAUGAUGUGUUUGAUGCAGCCAGUAACAGUCCUGUUGUUAACGUGAUCUUCAGCAAAAACCAGCUGACCGCUGUACCACCAAGGCUUGUGGAGCUGAGAGACACUCUUGCAGACAUUAAUCUCGGAUUUAAUAAGCUGUCCACCAUUCCUCUUGAAUUUUCCAUGCUACAGCAGCUUGUACACAUAGACUUGAGAAAUAAUCUGUUGACAUCACUGCCAGUGGAGCUGGAAGCUCUCACCAAGCUGCGGAGCAUCAUACUGUCAUUUAAUAAAUUUAAGUGUUUCCCAGAUGUGCUGUACCACAUCUUGUCCCUAGAGACAAUUUUAAUAAGCAACAAUCAAGUUGGAGCCAUCGAUCCUGUGCGGCUUAAGCUGCUGGACAGAUUGUCUACUCUGGACCUGCAGAACAAUGACAUCAUGCAGGUGCCACCAGAACUGGGUAACUGUACCAGCCUGAGGGCUCUGAUGCUUGAUGGGAAUCCUUUCCGUAACCCUCGAGCUGCGAUUGUGGCUAGAGGAACAGAUGCAAUUCUUGAGUAUCUGAGAAGUCGCAUUCCUACAUGAAUGUAAUGUCUGACACGGCCCAGCUACCCCCUACUGCCACAUAAUGAAAGCACUAUCAGACUAAUACUGCAGAUAAGACUACAGUUUUGUGCCAUAAAUCUGAGUUUUAUAAAUCUCUCCUAAAGUCAUAUGGCAUUAAGUUUGGAAAAGUUUCAAGAAAUCACAUGAUAUUUGUUGGAAUCUCUACAGUGAUCUAGAACACCCUCUUACACUUCUGUCUCUCGUCAUCUUUAUUAUGACCACCAUGUACUUGCUGACCAACUUGACAAUACACAGCACUGCAAAUGACCUUUAUUUUAUUUUUAGCCUGUGUGUCUAAAACUUGCAUGAAGACCAUUUGGCAUGAUUACAGAAUGUUUGUAUGUUUGUUACUUUACAUUUCAACUUACAGUUCCAUUAAGCGUUUUUGGCCAUGGAUAUGUUGUUUUCAUUGUCCUUCGGCUCCACAAUGGAGUGUCUGAUCUGCACAUUUGGAUUUUGGCACAGGUUUUAAGCUGGAUGCCCUUCAUGACACACGAACCCUCCAGUUUUAUCUGAGACCGGAACUGAGCGCUAAACCCCUCGGUGGCUGGGAUUGUUCCCUGUCUGGGAUUCUGCCAUUGGACCACCAGGGAGUUUUGGACAAAAAUAUCUUUUCAUUAUUCAUUGUGUAACUCAUUAUUGUAUCCAGAAAACCAACAUUCUUAUUAAACUGAUUAUUCAAACUAGUUACUGUACUUUAGUGUAAAUUGUUCAAUAUGAAACAUAAAGCCAUUCAAAAGCUUUUUAAUUUCAUUUUUCAUGCCGCAAAAGAAAACAGGCAGUGACAGAUAGUAACAAUAGUGACUUUUUAUUUGUACAAUAAAGACUUUCAUACAUUAUUCAAAACACCGCUUAGAUACUGAAAAAAUCUGUACUCCCAAAGCCGAAAAUGGCUCCGUUAUUUGCUGCACAGCUUUGAAUUUUUUUUUUUUCUGUUUUGGAUUUUAUUAUUAAAAUGUAUUUUAAAUAUGUACAUAUAGCAUCUGCAAAAUGCAUUCUUGACACAGAAUAUAUAUUUCAUCAAUUACAUUGUUUUAAUU